AUGGUGACGAUCCUGAGCACGGUGGAGGCGCAGAUCCUGAGCACGGUGGAGGCGCAGGCUCCCAGCGCCGCGAUCCUGAGCACCGUGGAGGCGCAGGCUCCCAGCGCCGCGGGGCCCUCGGGCUGCGGCCCCGUGCCCGUGCCCGUGCCCGUGGUGGCCGUGCCCGGCCCGGGGGUGGCGGCGGCGCUGCCCAACGGGGCCCCCCCGGGUCCCCCGCCCGUGGCCGACGACAGCAAAACGAACCUGAUCGUGAAUUACCUGCCGCAGUCCAUGAGCCAGGAGGAGCUGAGGAGCCUCUUCGGCAGCCUGGGCGACAUCGAGUCCUGCAAGCUGGUCCGGGACAAGGUCACCGGGCAAAGCCUGGGCUACGGCUUCGUCAACUACGUGGAGGCCGGCGACGCCGACCGGGCCAUCGGGGCCCUCAACGGGCUCAAGCUGCAGACCAAGACCAUCAAGGUGUCCUACGCCCGGCCCAGCUCGGCGUCCAUCCGCGACGCCAACCUGUACGUGAGCGGGCUGCCCAAGGCCAUGGGGCAGAAGGAGAUGGAGCAGCUCUUCUCGCAGUACGGCCGCAUCAUCACCUCGCGCAUCCUCGUGGACCAGGUCACAGGUGUGUCGCGGGGCGUGGGCUUCAUCCGCUUCGACAAGCGCGUGGAGGCGGAGGAGGCGGUGCGGGGCCUGCACGGGCAGAAGCCGCUGGGCGCGGCCGAGCCCAUCACGGUCAAGUUCGCCAACAGCCCCGGGCAGAAAUCGGGGGGGGCCCUGCUGAGCCUGUGCCCCGGGGCCCGGCGCUACGGGGCGCUGCACCCCCCCCCGCAGCGCUUCCGCCUGGACAAUUUGCUGAACGUGGCCUACGGGGUGAAGAGGUUCUCCCCGCUGGCCAUCGAGGCGGUGCCGGCGCUGGCCGGGGUGGGCCUGGGCGCCCCCGGGCCGGGCUGGUGCAUCUUCGUCUACAACCUGGCGCCCGAGGCGGACGAGAGCGUCCUGUGGCAGCUCUUCGGGCCCUUCGGCGCCGUCACCAACGUCAAGGUGAUCCGCGACUUCGCCACCAACAAGUGCAAGGGCUUCGGCUUCGUCACCAUGACCAACUACGAGGAGGCGGCCAUGGCCAUCGCCAGCCUCAACGGCUACCGCCUGGGCGAGCGCGUGCUGCAGGUGUCCUUCAAGACCACCAAGCAGCACAAGGCCUGAGGGACCUUCAGGGACCCCCAUGGGCACCAUGGAAGAACUCAGCUGGAGACCUCGGGGACCUUGAGGGACCUUGAGGGACCUUGAGGGACACCAUGGACACCAUGGAGAUGGAGAGACCCACAUGAAGACCUGGAGACCUCAGGGUCCCCCCCAUGGACACCAUGGAGACCACGGAGAAAUCCAACUGGAGACCUUGGGGACCUUGGGG